AUGUGGUUUGGCGCUCGGGUGUGGUCGGUGGCAGCGGUGUGGGCGUGCGUGGGCGUGCGGACCUGUCUGGCCGCCUGCACCAUGGCCGAGUUUCCCUGCAGAAAUAAACAGUGCAUCAACCUGGAUCGCUACUGUGACGGGCAGAAGGACUGUGAGGACAACAGCGACGAGCCCUCGGGGUGUUCACCCUGCAACAGGACCUACUAUGGGAGAGUGGGCGCGACCUACUCCCUACAGAUCCCGCGUCCUCCCAGAAGCACACUACCUCACUUCUGUCAGCUGACCUUUAUAGCCUCAGGCGACGCUUACGGGGACCUGGUGCAGCUCAGCAUUGACAAGUUCAACCUGGGCAGGUUCAUCUCACACACCACAUCGGGCUGUCCUGAUGGGUAUAUGCAGGUUGAAGAGCUGAGUCGUCCACUCAACUCUGGUUACUGGUGCGGCACGUCCUGGGGCCACAACGUCUUCUACAGCGAGACCUCGGCCAUUACCGUGAUGCUCCGUGUCUUCAACCUCAGUGAUGAUGACGGAAGAAUCAACCCGGGAGCGUUUUCUCCCCAGGACACUGUUAUGCUCGGGGUCUCUUACAAGUUUUUGAGAAGGGAAAGAGCAAUACUUCGUUAUGGAGCGCCGUACAGUCCUACCUACCGAGGGGAAGAUGUGCCAAACACCUUCUGCGACAAGUAUUUCGAAAACUGUGACAAGAAGAAUUGCAAAGUUCAGUCUCCUAACUUUCCUGGGAUGUAUCCAAGAAAUCUUACCUGUUACUACCAUAUCCGGCAAACAAGAGUGCCUGAUGGAAAGAUAGCACUAAUCCGCGUUCGUCAACGCAACCCACAUCUUAUUUACAUCAAAGAUCGCAAUGCCCCACACCUGGUGAGGGAUAGGAAGCUCCAGGUGGGCUCCAACUGCUAUGUUCUUCACGACUAUCUGGUGGCCUUCGACGGCAACACAACGAACUCGCCUGUCUUAGCCACUAUAUGCAAAGGUGGAGCUCCACUUACUGGAAUAACUUCCAGUGGUCCUUAUCUUCUCCUUCUAUUUCAUGCUUCGCCGUUUGACUUCCCUUUCCAGGAUUCUCCUCGUCGUCGAACCUUUGGCUUCGAAUUAGACGUCGAGGUUGAGUUCGUUGACCGAGAGUCUACUGCCUAUAUUCGUGAAGGAUUGACUUGUGAUUACAUGGUGAGUAGCCGCGGCCAGCGUAGUGGGUAUGUACAGUCCCCUGUACAUUCCCUCUUACCGAAUACUACCUGUACGUGGCGUCUGUUGGCUGGGAGCACUGAGGUGGUGUGGCUCUACUUCCUCCACUACCGCCAUGUUUUGCACCCAGAGAUGCCAACACCCACCAAGUGCAGUAAUACUCUCACCAUAACUGAUGGAGACACCCUCACUCCGACUUUGACAACUGAGUCUAAUGCCAUCGAGGUAGAAAAUAUGAUAAACAGUACCAUGAAUGCUACAGAAGAAAAUGUUACAACCACGACAGUCAUAGGACAGUUUUGUCGUCCAGACCGCCUGCCAAGGGUAUGUAGUGGUGUUCAUGCUCCUGGGCCCCAUGCGGCACCUUGCCUACCAGGGGAAAGUUAUGUUUCUAGUUCGCCGGCUCUCACGCUCGCCCUUCGAUAUGCAGCAGGUACGGCUCCAGCUCAUAUUGAGUUCCUUGCGCGAUAUGAGUUCGUAGACAAGCGCCAGUGGGGUGUUGAAACGCCUGGUGGAGGUCCAUGUGACAGAACCUUUACAAUACAACCAGAUCGCCUUUUUGCAUCUCCUAGAGAUGUCUUUCUGUUUGGACGUGGCGGUGCUCGGAAGCUUCGCUGCGUCUAUACAUUUCAGGCUGAGCCUAAUGAACGAAUAGUUCUUCGGAUCCUACGUUCUCGAAUGGGCUCCAGCUGUGGCACAUUAUACAAACAUUCUUCCAGGCGAUACGAAUGUUCCCACAAUGGAGCUGACGACAAGCCUGCUAUUUGGAUCAAAGAAGAACCUUGGGAAGGAGUCCCCCUAAUGCGUGCUUGUAUUUGUAAUAUUUCACAUGAAAAACCUUUCAUUCUCAUAUCUUAUACUAAUGAGAUCCAAAUCAUCUUCAGCAUUCCAAUAAUGACUCCAUCAAGUGAUUAUAAUGACUACUUUCUUGAAGGUGAAUUUUCUAUGAUUGACGCCAGCAAGGGUCUAACUAACAGUGACUGUGGACAGGGUACUAGACGCCUAGCAGGUCGACAUGGCAAUUUCACUGUCGGUAUUAGUAGGGGAAGCCAUUGCACAACACUCCCACGUCUUGUCACGGCUGCUGAUGGCUCUUUCCUCUUCCUUCGCGUGCGUGGCUUCAGUGCCUCAGAGACAAACUGUGAUGUUUCAGCAAGAAUAAAUGUUUAUGCCGUUGGUGGCUUAGCUCCGAUUGCUUCCAUUUGUCCCGGCCAAAACAACGACUAUACACAUGUAUUUAGCAGUGGCUGGCAUGGACCUAACCAAACGGUGAAGGACGAACUGGCUGCUACCGACCUCUGGAAUUCUUCAGGCAGUAUAAACAUUGGUCAAAGCAACUACUUCUAUCACCAGCAACAGCUGGAAUACCAAAAACGAGGGCGCCACCACCAACGACAGCAACAACAAGAAUCACGGGACCUGGUGGUGGAAUAUAUUGGAAAUUCCACUGAGAAAAUCAUGAUCACCUGGGUAGGGGUUUGGAGACCAAUGCAGACGGCACCACUGUCUCCUGUUGGCGUGGAUCUCUGUCCCCACAGAUGCCCAGAGAUCCAGGCUUGUCUUCCAGCUGACCUGUGGUGUGAUGGGGCCAUCCACUGCCCCUCAGGUCUUGACGAAGGAGCAGGAGCGUGUGGCCUUUUAGCAGCCCUUCCUUGGGUGUAUCUUGCAGCAGCCAUUGUACUCUUCAUAUCACUAGUGGCGCUUCUAGUGGCUGUAGUGGUCCACCGUCGCCGCACCCAGGCACAGAAGGAUGCCGAGUCCAACAUCAUUACAAACAACAGUCACGGCCUCAAGAGCACCACACAGGACUUUCUCAUCCCGCCGGACAAGGACUCAUGGUGACAAGAGGCCCAUUCUGGCGACGUGGUGCGCGUGGACUACGAGACCACAGUGUAGCUAGGCGGGGUUUGUGCUCUAGUGUGGGAGUCUAGUGUCACCAGCCGUCGUUAGGAUGGGAAGUUAUUAAGAAAGAAUUAUUUGUACAUACACCAUUUUCAGUAUUGAAGGGGUGGUCGGGUUUGUGCGCUUCAGAGCCAAUAAUAAACGGGGAAUAUAAUAAUAAAAGUAUUUGUAUAUAUACCAUUUUUCGUACUGUAAAUAUGUAUACAACCGUUGAAGUUUUUUACACAUGUAAACUAAUUGUUAUAUAUCAUUGAAUGGUAUAUCCGGUGAGGUAGUAACUGUAUGUGUGGGUGAUGAUAAUGUGUUUCCUUUCAUGAACUCUGUUUUCUUUUUUAGCAAGUUACAGUGUUAAGUGAUAUGAGAAGAACCACUAUUUUCAGAACUAAAUAUAUUUAUUCAACAAUGAAAGGUCGUGUACAAUUUAGGCUCAUGCAGCAUUUGGCGUCAAUGAAAGACAUGUUUACAUGUAUAUAUGU